AUGGUUUCCUUCAAAUCUAUCGUGCUUAUCGCAGCAGCUUUCACCAUUGGUGUCGAAUGUAGCGGGGUAGCAGCCCCGUUGGUAGCCCAAGCUCAAAUUGGCUACGCUCAUGCUGUGCCACAGAACAUUCCACCGUACGCUUCACAAGUCAACCUAUACAGCAGGGCUGCUCAGUUCUUGGCUGCUCCAGCGGUCGCUGCUCCUUUGGCUGCACCUGUAGCUGCCCCAGUCGCUGCACCCCUGGCUGCGCCUAUAGCUGGACCAGUACCAGCGCCUUUGGCCGCGCCUCUACCCGUAGCUGGUCCCAUCGCAGCGAGAUACGCCGCCCCCUUCGCAUCACCAUACUUCGCAGGACCUGCUCCUUACGCCGCAAAUUUCGGAUACCCCGCUCCGUUCGCCCCUGCUGCAUACGCGGCGCCCUACCCCUAUGCCGCUAGUGCGCCCCUAGUGCGCUCACCUUUCGGUGUCGCCCCUGCGUUCGUACGGUAG